CUAGAAUAGUCUUAUAAAUGUUUAACAUCGUUAUCAGUAUUGUAAACCGUAUCGGCAAAUAAAUGAUGUUGUUCGAAGUAUAUCGCGGGUGUUAUCUCAUUUAUUUUUUUAUUCUUGUAUUCAGAUCCGAACAAAAAUAACGUAAGUAGUGAGAAGUCUAGUAAAUUGCAUUAUUCAGAGGCUUUAGCAAUGUGUCGCAAAAUAACAGAUAUCAUAUCAGGAGCUCAAAAGUUUACAUAUUCGUUUGAAAUAACGCCAGAUAUAAAAGUGGAAGACGUAGAAAACCCUUUGUUAGAUCCAUUGUUUUAUUCGAUAACAUGGCAUGCAAAGUUGUAUACAUUUGAAAACAUGGAUAUCGCGCCUCUAAAAUUGGUUGAAAAUUUGAGAAAUAACAAGAAGACAAUUUUAUUGCAUUUAUCGUGUGAUAAAUUGAAAACUGUUUAUUUGGAGAAAACACUAGAUUAUUUAAAAUCGAAGGAUGUGUGUAAUUUAUUCGUUUUACAGGGAGAAGCCUUCGAUUCAAAUUCAUCUGAUUUUAAAUCAACAUCGGAGUUGAUAUCCUGCAUACGCAAAUAUUCUGGAAACUAUUUCUGUAUUGGAGUUGCAGGACAUUGUGAAAAAGAGGGUUCAAUUGCAAGUUUGAAAGAAAAGGUCAAUAGCGGAGCUGAUUUUAUUUUAACUCAAGCCUUUUUCGAUCCAGACGUUUUUAAAUCUUUUUUGACCAAAUGUAGAAGCGAAGGCAUCGCUAUUCCAAUUAUUCCUGGUGUAUUUCCAUACGAAUCAUACCAAGAUACCAAUAAAUUCAUUAAUAUAUGUAAAAUUUACGUAGACGAAAGUGUUAAGCAGAUUAUGAGAAAUAAAACUGGCAUCGAUAUUAUUAAAGACCUAGUUCAUCAAAUUUACACGGAAAUGGACGUUAAACAUUUUCAUUUCUUUACUUUGAACAAACUCGAGAGGGCGUUAAAAAUUAUAAAUGAAAUAAAAUAAAUUUAUAG